AUGGCUGAUCAUCGUAGCUCAUCAACGAGUGUAAACAAGGAUCAAACAAGUGUUUUGUGUUACUGUAACGAGACAGCAAAAAUUGUCAAAGCUUGGACUGAUGCAAAUACUGCACGGAGGUUCUACACUUGUAGAGGACGUAGAAUUGGUAACGGAUUUGGAACUUGCAAAAUUUUCUGUUGGUUUGAUGUUGAGAAGCCAUACGGGUGGCAACAUCUUACUUUGUUGGAGGCAAGAGAUAUCAUUCGAGAGCAAAAGGAGGAGAUUAGAAAUUUGAAGCAAGAGUUGUUAUUCAGGAACGCUGUGAAUGUGGAAAAACCGAGUGAUGUAUUGAAUCAGCUCAAGCAAUUUCAGGAGGAAUGUGAAGCUCUGAAGCAGGAAGUGUUGGUUUUGAAGGAAAAGAGCACAGUACAAUAUCUUAUGUCUCUAGCGUAG